UCUGAGCGCUGGGAUGCAGGCUCCCAGGAACAAGGCGGAAGUGUGCAGGACGCCGUGGGGCAGAGGCAGGACAGGCAGGGGCCAUGAGUGGUCUCGGCCGACUCUUCGGGAGGGGGAAGAAGGAGAAGGGACCAACCCCCGAAGAGGCGAUACAGAAACUGAAGGAAACGGAGAAGAUACUGAUCAAGAAACAGGAGUUUCUGGAACAGAAGAUUCAACAGGAGCUCCAAACAGCCAAGAAGCAUGGGACCAAAAAUAAGAGAGCUGCCCUACAGGCUUUGCGGAGGAAGAAAAGAUUGGAACAGCAGCUAGCACAAACGGAUGGGACAUUAUCCACCCUGGAGUUUCAGCGUGAAGCCAUUGAGAAUGCCACCACCAAUGCAGAAGUCCUUCGCACCAUGGAGCUUGCUGCCCAUGGCAUGAAGAAAGCCUACCAGGACAUGGACAUUGACAAGGUGGAUGAACUGAUGGCCGACAUCACAGAACAACAGGAGGUGGCCCAGCAGAUUUCUGAUGCCAUUUCUCGGCCUGUGGGCUUUGCAGAUGAUGUGGAUGAGGAUGAACUGUUGGAGGAACUAGAGGAGCUGGAACAAGAGGAAUUGGCUCGGGAGUUGUUACAUGUGGGCGACAAGGAGGAAGAACCCCCAGUCAAACUGCCCAGUGUACCCUCUACACAUCUGCCUGCAGGGCCAGCUCCCAAGGCGGAUGAAGAUGAGGACACACUAAAGCAGUUGGCUGAGUGGGUAUCCUGAUGAGUCGGGGCUUAUCUUCCUGAUGCUGCCUUCGUUGAUCUCUUUUCCUUAAGUGCCAAGUGCUAAGCUAAAGGAACAUAGCCUUUUGGGAGGCCCUGCUGAGGGUGGUGGUAUGUCCCUGCCUGAGAAAGGCUCUGCUGCCCUCCAAUCCCUGGCGUGGAUCAACUCUGAAGAAGGAUCUUGGUGUGGGAGGAGCCCCUGGGCUCCCUUCUCUUUGAUAGCAGUUACAGUGCCCUUGUCUUCAAUAAAAUUGGGCAGAUGGAAUCCUAGUGCUUAUACGGCCUUGUCUACACCUGAAACUUGGAGCUGUUUCAGGCAGUGAAUACUAACAGGAGUAAGGAAGGGGCAUUGUAACAUAGAAUAAAUGUUUCCAGUAUCUUACCUA